AUGAGAGGUAUGCAUGAUAUGCAGAAAAUCUAUAUUCGUCGUCCAUCCAGAUUCCUCAACAUCUUGAAGAAAAUUUUGAUGCAUAUUUGGUCCCAGCUAAAAGAUGCAAUUCUUGAGGGAGGAAUUCCAUUUGAUAGGGUUCAUGGCAUGAGUGCCUUCGAGUAUCUUGGCAUGGACCCUAGGUUUAAUAAGGCUUUUAACACAGCUAUGCUCAAUCACACUACAAUGCUUUUUAAGAAGAUCCUUGAGUGCUACAAGGGCUUCGAGGCACUCAAACAGUUGGUCGAUGUUGGAGGUGGUCUAGGUGGUGCGCUUAACUUAAUUACUUCUAAGUAUCCCCACAUCAAGGGCAUUAAUUUCGACUUGCCUCAUGUCAUACAACAAGCCCCAUCUUAUCCAGGUCUGGAACAUGUAGGAGGAGAUAUGUUCAAAAGCGUUCCUAAAGGAGAUGCAAUCUUCAUGAAGGGGAUACUUCAUGAUUGGAGUGAUGAACAGUGCUUGAAGCUUCAGAAAAACUGCUAUACAGCUAUUCCAAAUGAUGGGAUGGUAAUCGUUGUGGAGAUAUUUCUUCCAAUGAUGCCCGAGGUUAGCACUUGUAUGAAGCGCAACUCUCAACUUGAUGUGCUUAUGAUGGCUCAACACCCAGGAGGAAAGGAAAGGACACGACAAGAAUUUGAGGCCUUGGUAACCAAAGCUGGAUUUAAAGGCAUCAAAUAUAAAUGCCUUAUUUAUAGUUUCCAAGUCAUGGAGUUUUUUAAAUAGAUUGAUUGCUUGUAAAAUUUAUAAUUGUAUCUGUUGUGAACGUGCUUCAUACUCUUGGUC